AUCGUCACGAUAGACGCGGCGAGUGACGUUAUGGAAGUUGUAAGAUACAGAAUGCAAUUUUUUUCGUCUAGAUCUCUGAAUUAGCACUCAUGUUAGAGUGAGAAUGAAGUAACAGUCCAUAAUUUACGAGGUUCCCUUGGCCACAACAUUAUUUCUCUAAUGUAGACCUUAAAAAUUAUGUCAACUUCACCGUCAAAUGCGAGAUGCUAUUUGUGAGGAAUCUCGCAAAUUAUGGACACAACUUGUUUCUAUUCUUAAGUUUAACUUCGAAUUUGGUAUAUUUAGACGAAGUCUUUAAAUAUGGCCCAACCCGACAGCCAGUGGUUAUACAUUAUCACUGAUAGUGUAAUACGAAACUCCACGAACAUUACCAGUUUCGUCGAUUUAUUACCGGAAGGCAGUAACGUGGCCUUCAUUUACAAUGCGACGGACAGUGACACAUAUUGCAAUGUGAGCUUAAAAUGUCAUAUCCAGGAGUUAGUUUCGGGUUUGGCUAAUGCCUUAAGGAUGUCGUUGAUGACCGAAAUAGAAUUGUACAGUCACAUGAGCGACGAGGAUUUCGAACUCGUCCGAUUAAAUAAGCUCGAAAGGCGCCAGGAAAUUCUCAAAAAUAUCAACAUAAAGCUUAUCGAGGAUACUUUCGCCACGGGCGGCGUAUGCGGUAAAUGCCUGGUUUGGCGGUUCGCCUCGGGCAUAACGUGGGGUAACUUUUUCUCUCGCGGCAAGAACGUCGCGCACCUGAUCGAAUCGGGAACGUGGAUGCCCGUUCUAGGUGCGAACUUGACGGACGCUCUUUUCCCGCACGUAGCGCACGGUUUCCGUGGGAUCAGCGUACCGGUCGCCACUUAUCACAAUCCGCCGUGGCAGACGAUCCAGUUGAGCAAAACCGGCGAGAAGGAGUACGACGGCCUGGUUUUCGACGUCGUGAAAUAUCUUGGGAGAAAAUUGAACUUCACCUACACCGUGAUCAGCCCGGCGAGCAAUCGGACCGUCAAGUUCACUCGUAACGAGACUAUAGCCGACGUGGUGUUAACGUCGACAACGAGAGAAAUGCCGUCGCAAAUAAUAGAUAUGAUUCGGGAUAAGAGGGUUCUCCUCGCGGCCUGCGCGUACACCGUAAACGAUCGCGGACAGGAAGAGAUCAACUUUACCUUGCCAAUUUUUAUACAGACGUACAGCUUUUUGACUGCGAAACCGGGUCAACUUUCGAGAGCGUUAUUGUUCACCGCGCCCUUCGCCAAAGAGACAUGGGCCUGCUUGGCAGCAUCCAUUAUUAUAAUGGGCCCGAUCUUGUACCUGGUUCACAAGUCCAGUCCAAUCAGCACGAGGACGUCGGGACUCAGGUCCUCCUGGCAGUGUGUGUGGUACGUCUACGGGGCUCUUCUUCAGCAAGGAGGAAUGUACCUACCCCAUUCCGAUAGUGCCCGUCUGCUGAUCGGUGUCUGGUGGUUGGUCGUGAUGGUUGUGGUUGCGACCUAUUCCGGAAGCUUAGUCGCGUUCCUGACAUUCCCGAAUAUGGACGUUGCCAUCCUGACCGUGGAGGGCCUUCUCGCUUAUAAAGACCGAAUAACCUGGGGCUUUCCUAACGGCAGCUAUCUGGAGGAGUUUCUAAAGAAUGCCGACGAGGAAAAGUAUCAUACUCUUCUGAAGCGAUCUAUAAUUCAUAACGCGACGCAGGCACCGGAAAUAAUCGAACGGGUAAAGGCAGGCAAGCACGCGUUGAUCGACUGGAGAAGCACGUUGAGAUUCGCGAUGAGAAGCGACCUGUUAUUAACCGAGGGAUGCGCCUUUUCUUUGAGCACUGACGAAUUUAUGGACGAGCCCAUAGCGAUGAUUAUUGGGAGAGAUAGUCCUUAUAUAAAAGUCAUCAACGCUGAGUUACACCGCAUGCACGAGUCUGGAUUAAUGAACAAGUGGAUAUCGGAGCAAAUACCGACGAAAGACAAAUGCUCGGACAGCUUCAGCCAGGGCGUAGAGGAGCGCAAAGUAAACGUCGCGGAUAUGCAGGGGAUAUUUUUCGUGCUUUUUAUGGGCGUGACCGGAUCGAUAUUUCUUUUGUGCUGCGAGUUUUGCUGCCACAAGCGCCAAGUGUCGAAGAGACGCAAGUUGAUUCAGCCUUUUGUCUCUUGAGACGGAUACAGCGGUGGUUAGAUGAUAGAUUAAACGCUUCUCACGAAAUAGCUUCACCGUCGGCUAGCUAGAAUAUCUGCAUGCGCAGUUAGAUUUUAUCGUUGCUUAUGUCUAGUAUUAAUUACAGGGACCAUUCUCGCAUGAAUACAGCGACUCCUCGAGCUACAUGUAACGACCGUUUAAUUGUAAAUUAUGCACUUAGGCGGCAUGAUUUUUCGACACAGAUUCCUUUAUAAUCAUAGCAGACGUGUAAUGUAUUUCAUGAGAGGUAAAUUUUAGAAAGCUGCUUGUAAAUCGAUGUAAAGUAUAUGUCUUUAGGCUCAAUAAAACUGUACAAAUUCUAUCCUUAAGGCAGAAUCCUCCAGAUAACGUAAUUA